GGCGGGGACUCGGUUGGAGAAGCCGUCCGAUUGCUCCACCUCCUUGCGAAAGCCUAUAAACAGCCACCAAGGAGGCUCUAAGCUUCGUUUAUUCGAGACCCGCAGCUGAGUUACGGGGGUGGGCCUCUCGCGGCAACCGGCAGACUCAAAAUGCCAAACUGGGGAGGUGGAAACAAAUGUGGAGCCUGCGGCAGAAUAGUGUACCAUGCAGAAGAAGUCCAGUGUGAUGGGAGAAGCUUCCAUAGAUGUUGCUUUCUUUGUAUGGUAUGCCGGAAAAACCUGGAUAGCACAACUGUGGCCAUGCAUGAUGAAGAAAUAUACUGCAAGUCUUGUUAUGGGAAAAAAUAUGGCCCCAAAGGAUAUGGCUAUGGGCAAGGAGCAGGCACUCUCAACAUGGACAGAGGAGAAAGGCUUGGCAUAAAGCAUGACAAUUUUCAUUCUAGCGUACCUUCUCAUCGACCGACAACAAGUCCAAAUACUUCAAAAUUUGCUCAGAAAUUUGGAGGGGCAGAAAAAUGUUCCAGAUGCGGUGACUCUGUGUAUGCAGCUGAGAAAGUAAUAGGAGCUGGAAAGCCUUGGCACAAAAAUUGUUUUCGCUGUGCCAAGUGUGGUAAAAGUCUUGAAUCAACAACUCUGACAGAGAAGGAGGGUGAAAUCUAUUGCAAAGGUUGUUAUGCAAAGAACUUUGGCCCCAAAGGAUUUGGCUAUGGCCAAGGCGCUGGUGCUCUUGUUCACGCUCAGUGACACAUUAGUUAUUUGGCACAGAGAGGGUUCCCUUUUUCUAAGGCACAACUUAAAAUGCUACCAUUUACUGUGAAACAGCUCUUGGCUUAGGCGACUGCUUUUCCUUAGCUACCGCAUGUAUUCCAAUCUUAAAGCAGUUUUUUAAAUAACCUGUCAAUUUUUAAAUAAC